UGUGGCUGUCAGGCGGACGUAACCAAGAGAGGCUCGGGCGGCCUGGAUCAAGUGAUUUUUAUCCCUCGGGGUGGUCUCGUCUCGUGGCCCUGCACGAGCCCGGCUGCCCCGCGAAUUACCUAAGCUGCCCUCGGUCCGCUCCCCCCGACGCACACCAACGCCGCACGGCACGACCCAUCGCCGUAGUAGUAUGCCCCAGUAACAAAACGCGAAGACUCUCUCUAUCGCUCCUCGCCUCCCACCCUUCGCCUAUCUCGCUUGCCUCCUCCGCCGCCGACCCUCUAAGCCGACCGUGCGCUGCGCCUCUGCCUUGUGCGGCGGGGGAGCCGCGCCGACCGACCGUGCGUGUGCGCCUCUGCCUCGUGCGGCACGGGGCCGCGGACGACCGCGACCAUGGCGGCCGCCGCGGAUCCGAGGGCAAAGACGCCGGCCACGCCGUCGUCGCACCACCUGAAGCCGUGGGUGCCGCCGCCUCGUGGCAGCCGCGUGCCUUCCCUGCUGCCAGCCGUCUCCGGGGCCUCCCGCGAUCGACGCCGCUCCUCGACGUCGUCGUCCCACCGACGCGGCGGCGACGCGAGCGCCGCGGACGAGGAGCCUUACGACGCCGGGCUGGAAGAUCUCCGGGCCAAGCUCAUGGGCCACCUCCAUGACGCCGCCGACCGCCUUCGCCUGCCCCAGGCGCACAAGUCCCACCGGUCGCCUGCGCCGGCGGAGCCCAAGCCUCCGCUCCCGCCGCCGCCGCCGCCGCCCCCGGCUCCACCGCAGGACGCCGCUGCGGCCGUGGUGGCCGCUGCCAGCAUGCCGUGGACCCUGAGGGAGCGGAAGCGUCGUCCAUCAGCCCGCGGGAGCGCGGCGGCGGCGGCGGCGCAAGCGACGACGACCGCGGCGGCCGGUACGGCGCGGGACGACGGCGAGCGCGCCCCGUUCGCGCUCGCGCUGGAGGCGGAGGAGAUCGAGGAGGACAUCUACGCCUUGACCGGCGCCCGGCCACGGCGGCGGCCUCGGAAGCGGUCGCGCAUCGUGCAGCGGCAGCUCGAUUCGCUGUUCCCGGGGCUGUGGCUGACCGAGAUCACCGCCGACGCCUACCGGGUCCCCGACGACUAGCAACCCCCGCCGGCCGCUACCAGCCCUACUACCAUUCCUUGGGUCACCAAAAAAAAGAUAAAUGUAACUAGGAUUAGUUGAGUUGAUAGGUAUUGCUUCCUACGAGUAUGUCGCAUCUUUUAACAUUGAUUUCCUGCUUUAAAAUCUGAGCAGUGCUUGCUUUAUUCUAUGUCUUCCUCUCUCUUUCUCUGUGUCUCUUUCAUGUACAGUAGUCUGUGGUCGUGUGUUGUUAUCAAUACUCUUAAUACAUCUAGGUUCGCCAUGCUAUCCUGCCUAA